UUGCCCUCUCCGCGUGCGCUGUGAGCGCGGGCGUCCCACUGGGGGUGUGUAGCAGGGGUAUUUAGACCCGGCGCCACCACCCCCACCCCUCCCAUCAGGGGUUCGGCUUAGGGUCGCCCCUGGGGGGCGGCUCUCGAGUCUUGAAGUAGUAGAGAAUCUAGACCGCUCCGGAGCUGCGGAGGCCCGCGCUGGGCAGACAGAAAAAUGGCGACGGCAUCGGUCUCUGCAGUUUCUGAUUCUCAGUUCUCGAACAUCUCAGCUGAACCAUCAAGGUCUAAUAGGGGUGUGGUUCGCCAUUCUUCAUCUCCUUAUGUAUCAUAUCCAUCUGAUAAGCCUUUCCUUAAUAGUGAUCUACGACGAUCUCCAAAUAAGCCUACCCUUGCCUAUCCAGAAAGCAAUAGUAGAGCCAUCUUUUCUGCUCUGAAGAAUCUUCAAGAUAAGAUCCGUCGCUUGGAACUUGAAAGGAUUCAGGCAGAAGAAAGUGUGAAAACCUUGUCAAGAGAAACCAUUGAGUAUAAGAAAGUACUGGAUGAACAGAUUCAAGAAAGGGAGAAUUCAAAGAAUGAAGAAUCAAAACACAAUCAAGAACUGACAUCCCAGUUAUUAGCUGCAGAAAAUAAAUGUAAUCUUUUGGAAAAACAAUUGGAAUACAUGCGAAAUAUGAUAAAGCAUGCAGAAAUGGAAAGGACAUCCGUCUUAGAAAAACAGAAAAAAAUGCAAGAAUUGGAAGCAAAACUCCAUGAAGAAGAACAGGAAAGGAAACGUAUGCAAGCUAAGGCAGCUGAGUUGCAGACUGGUCUGGAAACAAAUAAACUUAUCUUUGAAGAUAAUGCAGCUUCAUAUGUUCCCAGUGCAAGAAAAAUUAAAAAAAAGAAGUCAAAACCACCAGAAAAGAAAGGUCCUAGAAACUAUUUUGGUGCGCAACCACAUUAUCGAUUAUGCUUGGGUGAUAUGCCAUUUGUGGCCGGAAAGUCCACCAGUCCUAGCCAUGCUGUAGUAGCCAAUGUUCAGCAUGUCUUGCAUCUGAUGAAACAACAUAGUAAAGCCUUGUGUAAUGACCGAGUAGUCAACAGUGUUCCUUUGGCAAAACAAGUAUCUGUAUCUUCACGAAGUAGUAAAAGUAAGAAGUCUGUAACACCUUCCUCCUCCGGCACCAUUAAUGAAGAGUUGUCAGAAGUCWUACAGACUUUGCAGGAUGAAUUUGGGCAAAUGAGCUUUGAUCAUCAGCAGCUUGCAAAACUUAUCCAGGAGUCACCAACCAUGGAAUUAAAAGAUAAUUUAGAGUAUGAACUUGAGGCAUUAGUGGGAAGGAUGGAAGCAAAAGCCAACCAAAUAACUAAAGUCAGAAAAUACCAAGCCCAGCUAGACAAACAGAAGAUAGAGAAGCAAAAGAAAGAAUUAAGAGCUAACAAAAAGACUCUCGAUGAAGAAGGAAAUGUCAGCAGCCGUUCUUCUGGAGUCACAGGGACCACAAGUAAGAAGGAUUUUGCCAAACAGAGACCUGGAGAAAAAAGCAGGAAAAAUCUUCAGUUAUUGAAGGACAUGCAAACCAUACAGAAUUCAUUACAAAGCAGUAACUUGUGUUGGGAUUACUGAUUCCUCGUGCCAGGUCAUAAAUUUUAUUCAGAUAAUCUGUACCUCAUCAAUCAGAUGUUGACAAUUCACUUUCCAGGUUUCAUACUCACUUAUGUUAGAAUUAAUUAAUAGCAGGUGUUAGGGGGCCCAAGCUUCAUUACCCAGUCCUGUGUUACACAGAACAACUKUGAAAUCAUUUUAAUGGAAACCAAGGGAGUUUUAAGGCCUAAGAAGCCCCUGUUUCUUUGAAAUGAAUUUGCUACAAUGACAUAUUGCACCUUCACAAAUUACCGGGUGGCUUUUUUUUCCCUUUUUUUUUUUUUUUUUAACUUGUGGGUAUGAUUUUUUUAAAAAAUAGUUCUUCAUUCAAAUUAGGUUUAAAUUUUCAAAAUAUGAGGCUUUUCCAUAGCACGGUUUGCUAGAAAAGUCUUUUUUAAAUCUUCUGGCAUAAAGUGCCCACUUCCCUUUUCCCUUAAAACCAUUAAAUACACUUUGUUUCAACUAUUGAUGGAGGUUUUCAUAUUUAAAUAUUUAUAUAUUUAAGAGGAUUUGGGUUAUUGUUUUUUUUUUUCUUCUUUUUUGGUAUUUCAAACAUUGAUCAGUAUUGAAUGCACUUGUAUUGCUUUUUAAUCCACUGUUAGUUUUAUUUAAAGGUCCAAGCAAUCAUUUUAAGCUAACUACCUGUAAGAUUUAUGAAAGCAUUUUUUAAAGUGUAAACAAAUUGUUAAUAAAUGAGAUUUUUGAAGAAAGUGAGAAUGAGAGAGAAGGGAGAUGUUGUGAAGCACACACAUCUGCAGUUUUUAUAUAUAUACCCAUUUGCAAUCAUGUUAUUAAGUCAAGGCAUUGUGAUUUUUUAAAUCUUGAAACCCAGAGAACCCCGUGAAUAUUUGCUUUCCUUUUUCUGUACAGUAUGAGCAAAAUAACUGUACACACAAAAUUUUCAUUUUAAUAAUGUUGUUAUAAUUUUGAAAAGAUCAAGACAUGUUACCUUUUUAUAAAUUUGCCAUUCAUGUCAAUAAAGUAAACUUUUUUAAGGAAACACUGAAACUUUCCUUAACAGCCUAUUAACUAAGGCUUUACUUAUUGUAAACUCUCAAAAAUGCAUUUCAAAAUAGGACAUUAGUAUCUUGAUUAUAAGAAUAUUAAUAUUCAGUACUUAAAUGUUUACCAUUUCAAUGCUUUCAUAAGAAACUAAGCCCAACAAGAUUGAAUUGCCUCAUGGUAUAUGAGAUACUCUAAAAGGGCUAAUUAACAWGUUAGCCACAUAUUAAGGGAAUUCUUUUCAUAUGCCUUGAAUUGAGAUGGAGGUUAAGGAUUAUACCUAGACAGCAUGACUUAUUCUAGUACCUGAGCAUUGACCUUGUCAAGCCUCUUAUUGAAUUAAUUUUUCUACAGCUAGAGUUCUUAAUUUAGUGUCCUAAAUACCUAUUUUGUGAACCUCCUGAGAGUGUAUGUAAUCAUUUGCUUACACAUGUGAUUUUCUGAUGAGCAGGUUUGCAGUCAUUGAAUUGACAACAGUGAGUCCAUAGAAGGUGAGAAAUUGCUCUGGUAACAUGGUAAAUAUUUGUGUGUCAGCCAUCAUUUCAGCUAUUAAACUUCUGUUAUCUCUUUGUUUGAAUUUCAGGUCAUUAAAUUGUAUGGCCAUCAUUUGAAUGGUAGUAAAUACAAAUCCUAAUUAGGAGAAGAGUGAUUAAAUACUGCUAAAUCCCACCCCAUCCUUUGGUUGGGAUUCAAACUGUAUCCUCUCCAGUUUUCUUACCUGAGAGUUUACAGUAGGGGAACACAUCCAUCCACUGAUGGUGUACUAGCGCUUUAUUACAGUGCAUUUCAAACUUAACUAUCUUCUGUGUCUACAGUGCCAACAAGGAUACCAAACUGAGUAAUCAAGAUGUCUUUAYAGGCUGGUGGCAGAUAUCCAAGUUGUUUUUCUGAAUACAGUGUAGUGAAUGCAGUGGUUAACAGGCAGGUACACAGUGCCAUGGAGGAUCAUGACAGAGAAGGUGUGAUGAAUGGAAGUAACUUGCUGGAGGAAAAGAUAACUUCUAGAAACAGGACUGAGUCACAAGAGAUGAGAUAACAGUUGGUCUAGGUCAGUAAGAUAGAAAAACAAAAGCGGCAGGUAGGAAUAUGAGGUUUACAUGGGAGAAUUGUGAAUAAGUAGACUAAUAUUGGUAUAUAAAAGGAACGCAGAUGAGAAUAGAGGGGUAGGCAGAGUCUAAGGAGGCUAGAGCUUCAACUUGAUCAUACUGGUGUCUAAAUUUUGCAUUCCUGAUCAUAAAGGAAAACGUAUACCCAUACAACUAAUAUUCAUUCAUAGACAUAUAAAGUCAUAAAACAAACAAAUGCCCAUGAAAUAUUAUUAUAUAUUUUUGUAUAGACAAGUAUGUAUUUUUAGCUCUCUUCUUUGUCUUCUUCUCAGGCACAUAAACUCCAGGUUGGAGAUUGCUGUAGAGGGUGAGGGAAACCACCGAAAUGUUUUGAACACAAGACUUUAUUUUUUGGAUACUGGAGAUUGAACUCAGAGGCACUCACACUGAGCCACA